UACAAAAAAGUAAUAGUACAAAUAAUAGUCUGUGAAAUAGUAUGUUUGAACGUGUAGCUAAAAGAGUAAUUACAAAAAUAAUUGAUCUGCAUUCAAUAAAAAACUGCCAUGUCCGGAAAACUGUUAACAACAGCAACAGACUAAGAAUAAUGUCGUCAUACUUCCAAAAACACCUAAUCUCAAUGUUAAAAAACUAACAGAAAUGUAUUGGAUGUCCACAUUGUGUACAGAGAUUCACAAUUCACAUACGGUAAAUAAAUAUUUCAAUAUCUCUCGAGAAACCUCUCUGUAUAUCCCAAAAAAAAAACUGUAUAAAUAAGGGGCGACAGUUGUUCACUUUCACACACAACAUUCAAGCAAAGCAAAGAUGUAUCACACACUCAACUAUAAGAUCGGAGCUGUCUUCUCAAUCUUUCUUGCCGGAGUAUUUGGAGUCUGUUUACCUAUCUUCGGCCUCAAGUCAGACAGCAAGUUUUUCUUGUUCGUCAAGGCAUUUGCAGCCGGAGUAAUCUUAGCCACCGGCUUCGUCCAUAUACUUCCCGAUGCCAUCGAUAGCCUCACAAGUCCGUGUAUUGGAGAAAAUCCACCGUGGGGAGACUUUCCGGUGACGGAACUCGUAGCCAUGGCCGCAGCGAUUCUGACCAUGUUGACUGAGUCCUUUGCUUCAGGAUAUUUGAACAGAUCUCGGUUGGAGAAUGAAGCUAAGGCCUUGCCGGUGAGUAUCGGUGGAGAUAACGAGGAACAGUCUGAUAAUACUGUCUCUGCUCCUACUCAUGCAUCAAUUGGCCAUUCUCAUGGCUUUCUGCUCAUUUCCCAAGAUGAUCACGUUGAUCCGAGGAAAAGGAUUUUAACUCAGAUAUUGGAAUUGGGGAUUGUGGUCCACUCGGUGAUCAUAGGAAUAUCUCUAGGAGUUUCUCCGAGUGUAAGCGCAAUAAAGCCUCUCGUGGCUGCAAUAACUUUUCAUCAACUGUUUGAAGGUUUUGGCCUUGGUAGUUGCAUCUCUGAGGCCAAGUUUAAAGCUUCAAAAACUUGGGUUAUGGUCGGCUUCUUCUCGCUCACUACACCACUAGGGAUAUUAAUCGGGAUUUGUGUAUCCCAAAAUUAUGACGAGAAUAGCCCAGUAUCGCUUCUAGUGUCCGGUUUCCUUAAUGCCGCUUCCGCUGGCAUUCUCAUCUAUAUGGCUUUGGUCGACCUGGCGUCUCCUCUGCUCCUCCACCACGAACGUCAAACAACCACCUUUACGAUACAACUACUUUCUAGCGUUUCAUUUAUUUCGGGUUCAGCUCUUAUGUCCCUUCUAGCCAUUUGGGCGUGAUGAAUAUGUUGACUUUCUUCAUGUAUUGGUACGAUAUUGUGUUAUAUAUUUUAAACAUGUGCUUAUAAAUUGACAUAUAUACUUCCUUUCAUUAAUUCUUCUUUUCUUAUUUCAUUACAUACCAAGUUUUCCAGAAUCAGUUGAACCUAAAUAAAUGCUACAGUAACUACAUGUGUAGCUUCUGCGAUAACAACGUUCAUCAAUAUUUUGUUCAAAAAAAAAAAAAACGUUCAUCAAUAUGGGACGAUAUGCAUGUAUGAUUAGGAAAACUCCAAAAAUUUAGAGUCCAAAGACGGUGAAUUCUACUCGCUGUAUGAGAGAGCCACACGUGUCCGUGUGAGUUUCAGACGCUACGUGGCUAGCGCAGAAGUUGAUUGGCUUCCUCAGUUCCUUGUAUUGCUAACUAGUGGUACGCCGGGUUCGGAUAUAUAAUUUUAAAGGAUUUUCUAUUUUGGGUAUUUGUUCAUGGUGUUUCUCUGCAACAGGAAAAGCUUGAUCUAUUAGUAUGAUCUAGGUCGGUGAUGAUGAGAUGACGUUCAGUGUUGAUGUCGCGUUGUUGUUGUAGUCUUUAAAUUGACCGGCUUCGAUCAGUAUAUUAAUAAUAUGUGAUUUUUCUUAUUGAUAAGGGUAGAAGAGAGAAGACCUCUAUUAUAAGAAUAACCUUUAAUCUUUAAUUACUUGUAAAAAAUAUUUUUCUUAACGAAUUGGGUCAUAGCUAUGCUUCGCAUGAAUUUUAAUUGAGUUAAUUUUAUAUAAUUCAUGGCUGAAGUGGCAUAUUUGUUUUUUACGGAGGAUGAACGAUAGAUAUGAAAAACGUUUUGUUAUUUUAUAAUUUUGUAUCUUUAAAUAUGAGAUACGUGGUUUUGCAUGGGACCGCAACAAAACAAAUAUGGCCUUCUCAUAUGCGCAUGCAUUUUUUUGCCUCUAAUCACGUCUGUGAGUAGCCAUCUCGUAUUGUGUUGGAUAUCACUCGAUAUAAGCAAAUGGGGUUUAAUCAGGUGUCUCCUUCGAUUAUUUUCAUAACUCAUGUUUGAUCGCUAGGUUAUAUGGAAAAAUGUUUUUUAUUCUGGUGUCUAGAAUUUUUUGGAAGACUCUCACCUGGCUCUAAUUAAUAUCUAGAAAUUCGUUCUCUCAAAAGUAAUUUUUUAAUUCGAAAGGUAACUAUAUAAGCCCUGUUUCAUUUGGGUUGAGCUAUCUAUAUAUUCAUUUAAUAUCUUUUGUCAUGUCCUCGGUUUCAUGAAGUUAGAAUAUAGGUUCUUGAAUGUUGCUUCUCAUUUUCGAAUUGGUUAAUACGAUAUAUGUGUGGGUUUGUAUUUACUAUUAAGUCUGAGUAGCAUGAACUGAGAAAGUUGUUAAUUAAAAAAGGAGUCAACAUAAUUGAAAAAUGCAAACAAAAACUUGAAAAGAAAUCGAAAAUGGUAGAAUCCUUAGAUUCCUUACCCGCGCCAAUGAUUAGCUUACCUGAAUGUACGUCAAGGCCAUAUACUUCUCCUAAAUCAUUCGAAACACAUUAAAAUAUUCUCUUCCACCUCUAUAUGCAUCUUCUUCUGCCUCUAUGAUAUUUGGGCGAGAACUCUUGCAUUGUCCAUGGAGUUGAGAAAAGUUUUAUUUGACCUCAGUUGAACUUAAAGUGUUGGAAUAUUAUUUUCUACACAUCAUCUAAACUGCACACCAUAAUGAGUGAAUACUACACAAACACAUCAACAAUUAUUAUAUAAAACUAUGUAUUUGUAUACUUGUAAUUGUUGUUGCAGCAUUCUUGUAACCUUCAAAUACCACAAUAGAUUCUCCAAAGAAUAUGACUUUGUAAGCUAACUCAUGUGCACUGAUGAAGAUGCCCUUGAGGUGCCACGUUCUUCUGAAAGGUGUAUUCCAAAAAUUUAGUUAAAUUUAUCGAUUUUUGGUUGGCAAGGACAGGAGCAAAUGAACUUUAACAGCUAACACAGACAGCAACUAAUGAUAUUAACAGCUAAAUAUUAUUACGUGUUGUCCAAGAGUGUAACUUCUCAUGAUAAGUUUGCAAUUGAAUUCAUACUAACACAGACAGUCUGAGGCUCUGAGCCAUAUAUAAUCUAAACUCGAACUCAAGAUCAACGAAGUACUGAUGAAUACAAAAACUAAAUUAUAGUCUACAUCCUCAAAAGUAACAUUAUUUUUCUCAAGGCUGUCAGCCAUAACAUCGAAACUUCUUUGUCUGCGGUAGAACACAUGGAAACGCAUUAAAUCGUUUUUAUCUUGUCAAAAUACUUAAACAAAAACAAAUGCAAAGAAGACACAGUGGUCCUGAAGUUUCUUUCUGCAGUUUGACUGCACUGAUACCCGGACAUCGCAGCUGGCUUAGGGUCAGUUCGUAAUUGGACUGAUCUCCUUAGAUGCUUCCUGUAACGAACAGAGUAGAUUUGUGGAUGCUAUCUAUUUGUAAUUGGUUAGAACUUUUGUCAUUAGAUUAGGGUAGUUUGGACUUACGUGGUCUGAGAUCAGCGAAAAUCUCUUUAUACACAAUAUUUGUGACAACAUCUCUUCUAGUUGCACCCUCAGUAUCAUCAAGAAUUUUUAGACCCUCCGGUGAUGUUGCUCGGGAGAGAGCAACAUACAGUUGACUGUGACUUAAAACAGGCCUUGAAAGAUAGAGUGCUACCUGCUUCAGGCUCUGACCUUGGCUCUUAUUUAUAGUCAUUGAAUAACACAGCUUGAUUGGGUACUGCCUUCUGCGGAAUGUGAAAGGAUGGAUAGUGUCCAACAUGAGUACCCGUUAGAAGUUCAGCCUCAAGAACUCUGUGCGAAAAUGAACGAAUUUGUUAACUAAUUUUAAGGCAAAUUCAAUAAAAAAACACAUGCAGUUACGUGUUCCUUUGCUUAGAAAAACUUGGCUUUAUGUUCUAAAAAACUCUGCAAAUCUUUAUUCCUCACAACAUAAUCGCAGCAGUCAUGACAUGGACAACACAUGCGAAAAGUGCUACUACUAUAACAAAAUGAACGAAUUUGUUGACUAUAUUCAAAGGCAAAUUUAAUAAAAAACACAUGCAGUUACGUGUUUCUUUGCUUAGAAAAACUUUGCUUUAUGUUUUAAAAUAUGAAACAAUCAAAUUAAACCCCAGAAACGGAAUAUAGAGGGUGGUCGACACCUUUCAAGUCGCAAGGUUAGCAUUACGCGAUGAGCCCCCGGGAUACGAUCGGUAAUUGUGCUCCUAAUUGCACAAAGCUCCCCCAUUACGUCUGUAAUACAAAUAAACACAAAUGCUCAGACAGUUCAAUUAUCAAUUAUAUUAAAAGCAGAAAUAAACAAAGUCAUACCAGGAAGCUGAUUGCCAGUGUUUGCUAGCUCAAUUAUCUGGUCGUACUGUCGGAAACGGAAGUGUUCGGUCGGUAUGAUCCUAUCAGUUGCUGGUAGCUUCUCAAAAUCAGACUCAGCAUUGAAACGGACAGAGACAGGAGCAUCAGACAACCGGUACUUGGGACUGCUACGCGUGACAUCAAAUCCGCUAAGAGUGUAGACAGAGCCUUCGCUGAGACGAUUUUUGAACCGAAGCUGGCGAGACGCAGGGAUUGAACCGUGGACCACCGUAGACUGAAAGACAGAUCAAGACAAGAUAUUAAUAAAGAAGCUACAUAGAGAGGAAUCAGUAAAAGACGGCGGUGCUUACGUUCUCAUCGAUAAGCAACAUGUCAACGCUAAUAAGCUCUCCGCCCUUGUUGACAUUCUUGGCCUCCCAGAACCUCAGCAGGCGGACCUCCGCGGUGUUUGAGCAACGGCCGGCUCUCAAGUUCUGUAGAAGCGUGUACGAAUUCGCCAUCGAGAUCGGUUGAUACGAAAGUGCUUGCCUCGAAAUUUCGAUUUGCUUCUGAAAAUCGCUUUGGAAAAACUGAUCAUCGCAGGAAUGAUGAGUACCGUAUUUAUAGCUAGAGCUGAAACCAGUUACAGGGAUAGGCGAAGAGGUUUCUUGAUGGCUUCAAAUGAAAUAAGUGGAGGAAAAACGUGGAGAACGAAGUUAAGAACGCAAUUAUGGAGAUCUGAGGCGUUAUGUAUAUGGGAACGGCGAUCUAAGUCUAACGCUGGCUUCGCUGGUGUGUUCGAGCCGACAGAAGAAAAUGAGAGAAACCCUAAAUCACUUGUGGGUUGAGACAGACUGGACUCCACUAUGGGCUUCAUGCUCAAAUAUCAGACAGCCCAGUUCACACUCUUCAUAAUCAGACAGUCCAGUCCACAAUCUCCAUAUCAGACGACUUAAGAAACAAAAGCACGUAAAAAAACACGGCACAAAUCAGAUGUCGACACGUGUCGAGAUUUGCCCUCCCUGUUUGUUUUAUUGUAUAAGAUUAUCGAUUUGAUAAUGGACCAUUACAUUGGACUCAAAAGCGAAAAGUUAUAACAGCACAAGUAUUAUACGUCGGCCCAUUAUCUUUACAACUAAUUCACACAUUUUAUCCGGAACCAACCCGAAACUAUAUGUUCAAGUGACGCCACGCAUACUACAGAAUCUCUCAAGUAUUUUUGUACUCGACCAACGGGUCUCUGUUCAGAUUUGGAUUCUAUCUGAAAUAUAUUUUGAUAUUCUA